GUCAGCUCUCUUCUCAAUGGAUUGUCCUCAGCAUCAAUCUCAAACUAUGAGAUGCGGCUUAUGAACCUGAACAGUGUUCUACGCAGAGCCUCGUAACAGAUUACAGUCCGAAAGGCCCAUUUCUAAGUCGUGUUCAGGGGGAAAUUGCUACAGGCACACCGAUUCAACUUGUGAGCCGGUGUCAACACUACUUGCAUCACGUACUUUCAAAACAAGCAUCUCCAGAAACGUCACUAUAAGCCUCUUACAGUCGACGAAAACUGUAGAGCAUCCAUCAUCAUGCCGUUCUCCUCCCGAAUCCAGUCCUUCAUUGACAAAGCCGAGCAAAAAGUCACGCACGAAGUCCAGCAAAGAUUCCCCAACGCUCCCCCGGUUCCCACAUUGAGCAAACCACGACCCCAGCCCGGCGCUGCAUACUGGCAACCCCAAUUCAGUCCCAACGAGCCCGUCUCGACGCACUUCCAACACAUGACCGGUCAGCAUGGCUGGGGAAACAACGAGGCCCAGAACUACAUCGCAAGUCCCGAGACGUCCUUCUGCGGCACCGACACCCUAACGCUGCGCGCAAUCAUUCAACACAACCAGCCCGAGAACGCGCACAAAUUCACCUCGGCGCGCCUCACAAGCCACCAGACCUUCGGUCGCCCGCGCGGCAGUCUCUCCGCGCACAUCAUCGCUCCGGUUGCGCAGGGCAUAUGGCCUGCGUUCUGGCUUCUGCCCGCAGAGCCAUACACCUGGCCGACAGACGGCGAGAUUGACAUAUUCGAAGCGUGGAACGGCGAGGCGACGAACCAUUCUUGUCUGCACUGGGGCCACUUUAACGGGCCGGACCACGACAAGCACCGCGUUGUGGAGUCGCCCAUACCCGGCAUCUCUGCGCAAGGCGCGCGGUUUGACUUUGCGUGGGAAGAGGACGAGGCAACUGGACAGGGACGGUUUGUGUGGUAUAUCGACUCGAAGCCCGUGAUGAAGGCGAGUAAGCCCGCGGGCACGAGACGGAUGCGGGACUUUAGAAUUAUGAUUAAUAUUGCGGUGGGUGGUAAUGUGUGUAAGGGGAAGAUGCCGGGGGAUGGGACGUAUGAGAUGGUGGUGAGGAACUUGGCGAUGUGGGAGGAACCGCCAGGUGGCUGGGGGAGAUUUAAUGGGGAUUUCUGCAGUGCAAGGGAGGGCCAUAUGAUGUGAAUCGUGAGGAUGGUCUACGAGACAAGAACUAUGUUGGCACGCCUGGCAGUUGUCAUCUCACAAGAACGCAUCGACAUAGCUACGACCUGGAGCUUCGGGUAGUAUUUCUCUUCAAGUGAAAAUGAAUUGACCGGG